GAAGGCUGGGGCAGGAGGUAGGAAACUCAGGAGAAAGGCUUUGGCUGGUGGGAGAGACCAUAGGAAGCCCCACGCCUUUGUGAAACUGCUGAAUUCCUGCAUGGGAGGCUGAGCUCUGCGGGAGCACAGAGACAAGAUGCCUGUGGUGUGGCCAACGCUUCUGGAUCUCAGCAGAGAUGAGUGCAAGAGGAUCCUUCGCAAACUGGAACUGGAGGCAUAUGCAGGUGUCAUCAGUGCCUUACGUGCACAGGGAGAUCUUACGAAAGAGAAGAAGGAUCUUCUUGGAGAACUCUCUAAAGUGCUUAGUAUUUCAACAGAGAGACAUCGUGCUGAAGUUCGAAGAGCAGUAAAUGAUGAACGGCUAACGACUAUUGCACACAAUAUGUCUGGGCCAAACAGCUCUUCGGAAUGGUCUAUAGAAGGUCGUCGAUUGGUGCCGCUGAUGCCACGGCUUGUUCCACAAACAGCUUUCACUGUUACAGCUAAUGCUGUUGCCAAUGCAGCUGUUCAGCACAACGCAUCUCUUCCAGUCCCUGCAGAAACUGGAAACAAGGAAGUGGUGGUUUGCUAUUCCUACACAAGUACCACUUCAACCUCAACUACCCUUGUUCCAGGUAGCAAUGUAGCAACAGUGAUCCCUAGACCCACCUGUUCAGUCUCCAGUAUAUCCUUGCCUAGUGGAAGGACUGUUUAUGUCAAAAGUAAGUGAUAAUAGUAACUGAUU